AUGGGGUCGUUGACGCGUUCGGAAGAAAUGCGAUUCUGUCAACUUAUUGUUGAAAAAGAUGCCGCUUUCAAUAUUGUUGCUGAAAUUGGAAAACAACCUUAUGUUCAAUUUAAGGAUGUGAGUUGGUUAAUUGUAAGAGGGGGAUAGGAAUAUGGAUGUUGGAAUUUUGAAACCGUAAAGUUUGGAGCACAAACUGCUGGAAGCAGAAUUAUUCAGAAAUUUUUUGAGAACUCCAUUGAGAAUUUGCGCGGUUUUUAAAGGAAUUCAAAUUUUCAAACAGUCCUAAAUCUAGUUUCUAGGCCAUUUUUCUAACUUUUAUAUUAUUUUAUGCUUAAAAUUUUGAAUUAUUUUCAAUUUCAGGUUCCAAAAAAUCUUGAUUUUUUUUUUACUAAACUCAAAAAUUUUCCAAGAAAAAUUUCAAAAUUUUGACCGAUUGCAAAUUCAGAAGCUCCGCAAAAGGCAUGUUCCUUUUCAAAAAAAAAACCAGAAAAAACUUGUGAACAGUUUCCAAAGAACAUUUGUGAAAGAUAUCUGUCGAUUUGAUGAAAUGGAAAGAACAUUGAGAUUUUUGGAAGAACAAAUUCAAAAAGAUGAGAUAGAUAUUCCUGGAAAAAUUGAAGCAUCUGAAGACUAUAAUAUUCUACCAACUUCUGAACUCAAUCAAUUGGAAUCGACUUUGGUUGAUUUGGAAAAAGAUGUGAUUAAUAUGAAGGGUUCAGAUUUUCAACUCAAAUCGAAUUACAAUGAUUUACUCGAAUGGGAUGCGGUUCUUGAUAAAACUGAUGAAUUUUUCCAAGGCGGAGUUGAUGAUCAGGCACAAGAAGAAUUCGAAAAUAUUGAAGAUGAUGCUGGAGAAUUAGUGCCAUUUGGAACAAACGAAGGACCAGUUAAUUAUAUUGUUGGAAUUAUUCAACGUGAAAGAGUGAGUGGAUUUGAGCGAGUUUUGUGGCGUGCUUUUCAUCAUACAGCAUAUGUUCGAUCAAGUGAUAUUGAACAACCAUUAGAAGAUGCAAAUGGGGAAAAAGUUCAUAAAAGUGCUUUUAUUGUUUUCUUGAAAGGAGAUCGAAUGAGAAGUAUUGUUGAAAAAGUUAGCGAUGGUUUCAAAGCUAAACUUUUCAAGAAUUGUCCAAAAACUUUCAAAGAAAGACAAUCGGCAAGAAAUGAUGUUCGAACAAGAAUUCAAGAUUUGCAAACUGUUUUGGGGCAAACAAAAGAACAUCGAUUCCGUGUUCUUCAAGCGGCUGCAGAUAAUCGAAAUGAAUGGAUCAAACAAAUUCGAAUGAUCAAAUCAGUCUAUCAUAUGUUGAAUUUAUUCACCUUUGAUGGACCUGGAAGAUUCUUUGUUGGUGAAUGUUGGAUUCCAUUGAAACAUGUUGAAGCUGUUAGACAAGCAAUUGAAAUCGGAGCCGAGAAAAGUGGAUCAUCUGUAAAGCCAGUAUUGAAUAUUUUGGAAACAUCAGUCACUCCACCAACUUAUAAUGAAACCAAUAAAUUCACAGCUGUUUUCCAAGGAAUUGUUGAUUCUUACGGUAUCGCAACAUACCGUGAAUUGAAUCCAACACCCUAUACAAUUAUAUCCUUCCCAUUCUUGUUCUCAUGUAUGUUUGGAGAUUUAGGACAUGGUGUUAUUAUGUUUAUGGCUGGUCUUUGGUUUGUUCUUCGCGAGAAGAAUUUGAUUGCCAGAAAUAUUGAAAAUGAGGUUUGUUUUGAACGAGAAAACCCAGAAGCUGAUGUUUUUUUUCUAGAUUUUCACAAUGUUCUUCGGAGGUCGCUAUAUCAUCUUGUUGAUGGGUUUGUUCUCAAUCUAUGCUGGGUUCGUCUACAAUGAUUUGUUCGGCAAAUCUUUCAAUAUUUUUGGAACAUCGUGGAGAAAUCCAUACAAGUAAGAAUGGGGUUUUCUCAAAAUUCGGAAAAUCUUGAAACUCCAAAUUAUCAUUUUCUGAAAAUUCUCAAACUUCAAUUUUUUGCAGUAUGUCUGAAAUCGAAGGUUGGAUCUCAGAAACUGCUGAAGGAAAAGAAAUGUUGGUUGAAUUGGCGCCAGAAAAAUCGUAUCAACAUUCAAUGGGACCAUAUCCGUAUGGAGUUGAUCCAAUUUGGAAUAUUGCUGAGAACAAAUUGAACUUCCUCAAUUCAAUGAAAAUGAAAUUGUCGGUUAUUUUUGGAAUCACUCAAAUGACAUUCGGAGUUAUUCUUUCAUUCUUCAAUUUCCGUCAUAAUCAUUCGAAAAUUGAUAUUUUCACCGUUUUCAUUCCUCAAAUGUUGUUCAUGUUUUCGAUUUUCGUCUAUUUGUGUAUUCAAAUCAUUCUCAAAUGGUUGUUCUUCUGGACUGUUGAGGAAACAAUUUUCGGACAAGUUUAUCCAGGUUCUCAUUGUGCACCAUCACUUCUUAUUGGAUUGAUUAAUAUGUUUAUGAUGAAGGAUAGAAAUCCUGGAUUUGUUAAUGGAGUAAGUUCUUGAAAGAAAUAUUUUGUUGAUUCAAACCUUUAAGAUUGUGAAACUGUAGUAAAAUCCUCCUGAGCUCUGAAAAAUUGAAAUCCAGAACUUUUAUUUUAACUCAAUAAAAAGUACCUCCAAAAAGUUCUAGAAGAAAACUGAUUCAAGAAUAAUUUCAGACCGAAAAAGAAAAUGGAUUUUGGAAAGAAGUUGAUCGUUGCUAUUUGAGUCAAUGGUAUCCAGGACAAAGUUCGAUUGAAAUGGUUUUAGUCAUUAUUGCCGUUCUCUGUAUUCCAAUUAUGCUUUUCGGAAAACCAAUCGCCUUUCUUCUCGAGCAAAAAAAGAAGGCAAAAGAAUCGCAAGGAAAUGUUUCAGUUGAGGCGAAUGUUGUUUCAGACAAUAGUGAAAUUAUUAUUAAUGGUGGAUCAAAGCAAGAAGAACAUGUAAGAAUUUAUGUGUUCUCCCAAAAUCCAUAAACAUUUGUUUUCAGAAAGAAGAACAUGGUGAAGAUCAUCACGGUGAAUCAUUCGGUGAUGUGAUGGUUCAUCAAUCAAUUCACACAAUCGAAUAUGUUCUUGGAUGUGUCUCUCACACUGCUUCAUAUCUUCGUCUUUGGGCUCUUUCUCUUGCUCACGCUCGUAUGUUUAUUUUGUUACUUGAAAAUUUUGAUCAAGUGAAAAAAAAAUGUAUUUUUCAGAAUUGUCCGAAGUUCUUUGGCACAUGGUUUUCGUUACCUUUGGUUUGGGAAAUUCCGGAACUCUUGGUUCCAUCGCCGUUUUUGUUUUCUUCUUCAUUUUCUUUGGUCUCACUAUCUCAAUUUUGGUUCUUAUGGAAGGAUUGUCCGCUUUCCUCCACGCACUUCGUCUUCAUUGGGUUGAAUUCCAAUCGAAAUUCUAUCUCGGAUUGGGUUAUCCAUUUGUUCCAUUCUCAUUCAAAACUGUUCUUGAAGAUGUCGAAUAA